CAGUCUAUAAAAGAAAGUUCGAUCACAAAUGAUGGUAUCCGACACAACCAAUCUACAUAGCUUACAGAGGUGGAGAGGGAGAGAUUGAAAAAUGCUCCAACAAGUUAACACACCUCAAUCGAUACGAUGCAUGUCAGAAAAGAACAGUUUAAAUGCGCUAGUGUACAAUGCUCUGCGGAGAGAAGACGAGGAAACGGUGAUAAAGCUGUGUGAAGAUUUUGAGGAGCACGGACUACACAUAUUGACUAUACAUGAUGACACAGUGCUCCAGGCGGCCACUUACGCCAAGAAACCUAGCUUGGUACUGAGACUUCUACAAGACUUGCCUGAUCGCCAUCUUGAUAAACUGACUCGCCAAAACCUUGCUGGAAACUCUAUCCUCCACGAGGCCGCCAUAUCCAAUAUCGCAAUAGAGGUGGCAAAGAGUGUGUUGGAGAAAGCUCCAGGAUUGUUAUGCAUGCGUAACAACCUUGGAGAGACAGCUCUUUUCCGGACCGCCCGUUAUGGCAAGCAGGGCAUGUACGACUUUCUAGCCAAAAAAAUCUCUGGUUACGAUGAAGCCAGUCAGAAAGUCUUCCUGCAGAGGAGAGAUAAGACCACUAUUCUACACAUGGCCAUCCUUUCAGAGAACUUCGAGUUGGCAUUUCAAAUUGCAAAGAAGUUCGGACAGUUAGUUCCUGAACGAGAUGCGGAUGGCAUGACUGGCCUUCAGCUUCUAUCAUGCAACCCUGGAGCUUUUCAGCAUGACAAUGAAAGGACAUUCUUCGAGAAAAUUGCCAAUUUUGUCUACUUAUAUUAUAAUCCAGUCAAACAGGAAAGUACUAAAACGCAGGCGGAAAUAUAUAAAUCAGCUUUGCAGCUUGCCGAGUUCCUAAUAGAAGGAGACAGUUCAUGGGAAACUACCUAUCCUGGAACAGACCAAAGUAAACCUGUCCUCCACAAGUAUGGUAGUGGUCAUACAACAGAGAAGAAAGUUGGAGAAGGAACGGCCAUGAGUUCUCUUGGGCUAGAGGAAGGGGCAGCGAAAACCCAGGAAGGGGCAACAAAAACUCCUUUGUUCUUAGCAACUAGAUCAGGUUGUUUUGAGAUUGUUGAAAAAAUACUCAAAUUAUACCCCCAGGCAGUUGAGCAUAUUGAUGAAAGAGGGCGAAACAUAUUGCAUAUAGCAAUCAAAUAUCGGCAAUUAAAUAUUUUUGAGCUUGUAAAAAAUAUGGAGUUACCAAUGAGGAGGCUAACACGAAAAAUUGAUGAAGAUGGGAAUUCCAUACUACAUACAGUUGGGAAAAAAAGUGACGAUUAUGUGCCUGAGAAGAUGCAAGGUCCUGCACUUGAAUUGCAAGACGAGUUGCGUUGGUUUGAGCGUGUGAAGAGUGUUACGCCACCCCAUUUCCUUCACCACCGCAACAAUCAAAAGUUGACAGCAGAGGGACUAUUUGAUGAAACAAAUAAAGAACUCCGAGAGAAAGGCAAAGAAUGGAUAAAGCGCACUGCCGAAGGAUGUUCAGUUGUGGCAGUUCUCAUUGCUACUGUUGCCUUUGCUGCAGCCUAUACAAUACCUGGAGGCUCGAAUGAUAUGACCGGUAUCCCACUCUUCCUCAAUCAACCUUUCUUCGUGGUUUUCACUGUGGCGGACGUACUAUCAAUUUCAUUUGCUCUGACAUCAGUGGUUGUAUUUCUUGCAAUCAUCGCCUCACCAUUCCGAUUUGCAGACUUUAGACAUUCUCUUCCUAAUAAGUUGACGUUUGGCUUAACUUUAUUGUUCCUUUCCGUCUCCAUGAUGAUGCUAUCAUUUGCAGCGACCGUUCUUCUCAUGAUAAAGAACGGGGAAGGGUGGACAAAAGUGCUCCUAUAUGCCAUGUCUUUCAUGCCAGUUGGGCUCUUUGCACUUUCAUAUUUCCCUCUCUACCUAGCACUGUCAAAAUCCUACAAGUACUUGCUCAAUAAGGCAUGGCAAGUAAUUUCUCAGAGUCCUUUAUCUAGGGGGACCAAAACGUUCCAUCAAACCUCCAAUUCCCCAUAUCCACAGUACACCGUGUCCGUUUGAGAGAGAUAUUACGUUAAGCUUUUGGAUUACUUGUUGCCUACAGGAAUUUCCUAUAAAUGAAAGUGACACAACAUGAGCUACCAAUAAUUUAUUUUAUUUUAUUUAAAUGUUGAAUACUAUAUCAAGAAAGCUAUGUAAUAAAUGUUUGUAUCUCAAAUAUAGUGCAUCUUAAAAUUAUGUGUUGAAUAAA